AGUUGAUAUAUAGCAAAAAUGCGGAUGACCAGACGGAGUGGGAAAAUUUUGUAUGUAAAAAAUGAUGAACCCGAUAAUUACAUUGGACCCUCGUUUCUACAAGAAUUAAAAAAAAACGUUAAUAUCAAGCUUUACGAUUUUGUGACUGUUUCUGAAACUAGCUCAUACAUUGCUCAACAUGUGUCUUUCGUGUUGUUGGAAAUAGGAAUUUUUGUUUUAUUCUCGCACGAAAGACUCAGUCCUCUUCCUGUUCUUAUGUUUUUAAUGUGCGGAGUAGGAUUUUGUUACUUGAUUUAUCAUCUAUACUUGGAAGAAAGCUGCUGCGAUAGCAAGCCAUCUACUACAAAAACGGUUGUAAACGAUUUAAGAAGAGCUAGCCUCCUCGCUAGCUUGGUAUUCAUUUUGUCGCCCGUUUUAAACACUUUAACUGCUGAAAUUAGUUCUGAUACGAUUUAUGCAUUGUCCACCCUGUGCUUUCUUUUAAAUGUUUUAUUCCAUAAUUACGGAACAUAUUCGAGCUUACUGUUUAGUCCUAUUUCUUUAAAUUGUGGCAUAUUUGUCUCAGUGUUACUGGCAUCACGUUUGGACGGAACAGCUCACACGUUCACUAUGGUGAUUCAAGCUUUUGUCUUCUUCGCUUAUGCACCCAAAUUCACAGAACGAAUGCGAGAUGAAUACCCGUUGAAAACGGUUUAUGCUAACAUUUUGAUCACAAUUUUUGUAACAAUCGCCUUUGCGUUCAUCAGUUUAGUGGCCUUCUGUUUAAUAUUUCUGCUCUUUAUUUCAAUCCUUUUACUGCUGCCGUAUGUGUUUGUCAGAAUGCAGAAAAUGAAAAAUACGAUUCAUGGACCAUGGGAUGAAGCAGUUUUAGCUGUCGAUUGAUUAAUUUUGCUCUAAAAGUGCCAAUAUGCAUAAGAAAAUCAAAUGAUUGCUGCCGUUACAGAUUUGAUAAAAACAAA